UGGCCAGCAACUACUUCCCGCCUAUGCAGUACCUCUCUGGCAAUGCUCCGAGCGACUACAUCUCGAGUCUCGACUCCAUCUGUCCUGUCAUCUCGAUGUCUUCCACCACCAACAACAAUCCUAACUUGCGCUUCUACCGCACCGACUCUUACGACGGAACCGCCGAGAGAAGGAGCUCGGACUCGGAGGACUCCCUCGGUGGCAACAACAACGACUUCGCCGAUACCAGCGUCCACUUUCCGUCAACCAUCAGCACUUUUUCGACAUCCCCUUCCCACCACGGCCUAUCGAUUUCACCACCACCAAAGUCCCCACUCCGCCCUCCGAGCCGUCCUUAUCGCCGCGUUCCACACGCCGCAGUUGAGCGUCGCUACCGCGACAAUCUCAACACCUCAAUCUCGACUCUCCGGCUCACUCUCCCCUCUCUCAAAGACGCCUGCAACACCACCGUCGGUCCUUCCGAUCACGAGGACGCCGCGCUCGCCUCUCGUGGACCUUCCAAAGCCGUCAUCAUUAGCACCGCGACGGCUUACAUCAAGGAACUGCAGAGGGAGCAGCGGAAGGCGGAGAGUCAGAUUGAACAGUUGAAGGAACAGAUGGCGGACUUGCAGAAUUUGCUUCAGUGUAACCAUCGUAGUGUUUUACAGCUUUUACAGCGGGUUGGCGACGGGUACGGAGGAGUUCAAGCAGAGAAUCUCAGUUCGGCUUGUACCUAGGCAAUAUUGCCAGCGCAAUAUACGACAAUGCUGUCU